GCAGGCUGGAGGAGCAGAGCGGAGAGGAGCGUCCUGGCAGCAGCAGCAGCAGCAGCAGGAGGAGAGAAGAGACCUGUUCACCUUCUUCACCGCACUUUCACUUGUGCACAGCUCCGAGCAACACACUGCCACAAAGUUACCCUGAGAGGAGAGCGCAGGAGGGGAGGACCGUCACUCAACCAUCACCAGCUGUGGCUCACUGACAACUUUGGCCAUGUCUGGAUCGUACUGCAAAAGUUUGUACCCGUUCGGCGGGGAGCAGCACCAGCAGGGACUGAGCUUCGAGGCCGGGGAGAUUAUUAAGGUGGUCCAGGCUCUGCCCGGAGGAUGGUGGGAGGGAGAGAAGGAUGGAGUCCGGGGAUGGUUCCCUUCAAGUUAUGUCCAGAUGCUGGAGAGGACAGCGUCUCUGAGUCAGCUUCCUGUGGAGGACCUCAGAGACCCCCUGCCUCCUCAGUGGAGGUGCUACAUGUCUCCACAAGGGCGGCGAUACUACGUCAACACCACAAACAACGAGACAACAUGGGAGAGACCGUCCAGCGUACCAGGGACCCCAAAAAACUCCUUCCGACACAAGAACUCGCUGCCAGCAGUGAACGGAUUUCACUCAGGUGGUAGUCCCUUGCAUCAUGUGGAGCACUCGCACAACAGUCUGGUUAGGAAGAGCAGCACAGAGCCUCAGAGCCCGGGAUCGACGUCGCCCACCAGGAAACAGAACAAGGAGACCACGGUCACGAUUAACUGUGUGACGUUCCCAUCACCUGCCUGCAUGCCCGAGCAACAGCUGCUGAAACCAAGCGAAUGGAGCUACUGUGACUACUUCUGGACCGAUAAGAAGGAUCCCCAGGGCAACGGCUGCAUCACAGGAUUCGAGGUUUUGCUGCAGAAACAGCUGAAGGGGAAACAGAUGCAGAAAGAGAUGGCCGAGUUCAUACGAGAAAGGAUAAAGAUAGAAGAGGAGUAUGCCAAGAAUCUCUCCAAGCUCUCCCAGAUCCCUCUAGCCGGCCAGGAAGAAGGGACUCUGGGGGAGGCUUGGGCCCAGCUGAAGAAGAGCCUGGCAGAUGAAGCUGAAGUUCACCUAAAGUUCUCCUCAAAGCUCCAGAGUGAAGUGGAAAAGCCUUUCUUGACCUUCAGAGAGAACUUUAAGAAGGACAUGAAGAGGUUCGACCAUCACAUCGCCGACCUACGGAAGCAGCUGGUCGGUCGCUACGCAGCUGUGGAGAAGGCCCGUAAAGCUCUGGCUGAUCGACAGAAGGAGCUGGAGUUAAAAACUCAGCAGCUGGAGAUCAAACUCAGCAACAAGAUUGAAGAGGACAUCAAAAAGGCCCGCCGGAAAUCCACACAAGCAGGUUAGACUCAGAGGUCACAGGUCAAUCUGCAGGGUCGCUCUGGGGUCACGGAUCCCCUUAGUGUUUGUUGUUCUAGGCAGCAGAAAGCAGCGCUCUGUGUAUUUGGACUGCAGGCUGCCAUGUGUCUGUGACUGGAAAACAUCCACUCUUUGAUUUCUAUUUCUGAUCAGUUUUAACCCUGUGGUACUACUGGUGCCUGUAGUUUUUUUAAUUUAAUUAUGUAGCUUCAAGUAUUUCUUUAGAUUUGUGUAAAGCAGAAAAAACUAAAACUCUUCCGUCCAUUAAACACAAAAUGCGAUCGAACUCUUAGCAGCCCUGAAACAAAACUAAUGUUUCCGAACAA